AUGGGGUCGAAACAGAUUGCACAGGAGACCUUUGAUGAGGCAGUGCAAGAAAACAUAACAGAAUUUGAAAUGGAUCCAGAAGAGGCUGUGAGAGAAGCUGUGCAGCAGUUUGAAUCCCAAGGUGUUGACCUGAGCAACAUUGUGAAAGCUGUGAGGCAGCCAGCCUCUGAGAAUGGGCAAAAGCAAAAGCAUGAAAUUUUGCUGACCUUGGAUUCCCUUGGGAGGGCCGUGGCUGACUCUGACCUGGCUGAGGUGGCCGAGCAGCUCGUGGCCUUCACCGAGCAGUGCAAGGAGCAGCUGGCGUUCCGCUACCUGGCUGGGCAGAACGGCGCCUAUCCUGUGGUCUUCUCUGCCUGCCAGCUGGCUUCGGGAGACAGAGAUUUAAUGCUGAAAGCCUUUUACACUCUCUGUGCCCUCUUGGAUGGGCAACCAGACCUGCUUGACUCCCCUGGCCGGGAUCUGCUGCUCCAAACUCUGAGGGAUCACGGGGAGGACGCGGAGGUGACGCUGGCCGGGGUGCGCUGCGUGCGACACGCCUGCCUGAAGCACGAGGAGAACAGGCAGGACUUUGUGAAGGGAGGGGUCCUCCCCCUCCUCACCGGGGCCAUCGUGAGGCACGGGGGCAGUGCUGACGUCGUGCGGGCGGCCGCCUCGGCGCUCAGGGUGAUGACCUUCGACGACGACAUCCGGGUGCCCUUCGGCCACGCGCACGACCACGCCAAAAUGAUCGUGCUGGAGAACGAUGGGCUGAGAGUCCUCAUUGAAGCUGCCAAAGCAUUCCCUGAUGAUGCUGGUGUUCUCAGCGAGCUCUGUGCCACCCUCUCUCGCCUCUCUGUCAGGAAUGAAUUCUGUCAAGAAAUUGUGGACCUUGGUGGCUUGAAUUUCAUGGUGUCUCUCCUGGCUGACUGCAUCGACCACCCGGACGUGGUGAGGCAGGUGCUGAGUGCCAUCAGAGCAGUGGCAGGUAACGAUGAUGUGAAAGACGCCAUCGUCGCCGCGGGGGGGACGGACCUGAUCGUGCUCGCCCUGAGCCACCACCUUGGCAACCCUCAGAUCUGUGAGCAGGGCUGUGCAGCCCUGUGCAUGUUGGCCCUGCGCAAGCCCGAGAACUGCCAGGUGAUCAUGGACGGCGGCGGGGCCCUGGCAGCUCUGCAGGCCAUGAAGGCACACCCACGGGAAGUGGCAGUGCAGAAGCAGGCCUGCAUGCUGAUCCGCAACCUGGUCUCCAGGAGCCGGGACUUUUCUCAGCCCAUCCUGGAGAUGGGAGCUGAGAACCUCAUCACAGAAGCUCGUGCAGCGCACAGGGACUGCGACGACGUGGCCAAAGCUGCCCUGAGGGAUCUGGGCUGCAAAGUGGAGCUCCGGGAGCUGUGGACGGGUCAGAAGGGAAGCCUGGCACAGUGA